GUAAUAGGUUAACCUGGCCUUUUUAAUUUUGUGGUUCUAACAAGUUGAUAAUUUUGGUUGUCUAUUCAUUCGAAUUUCAUAUGGUUUAGAGUAUGUAUUUGAUGCAUUUGACCCUGUUUAUUAUGCGGUUGUAAUGCGUCACUCUCUUCCUUAUUCUUAGGAGAAUAUCCUUGUAAAUGCAACUGGAUUAAUUGUGGAAUGAAUUCAUAUGAUUUUCACUUUUUUUUUACAUGGGUCUGGAUAUUCUAGAGUCUAUUAGUUGUUAGCAUUCUUCGAUCAAUAGAAUGUUUAUAUGAUCUUUAUUUGUGGGAAAAUGUCAUUGAAGUUUAUUUUGAGUUUUCCCUUGAAUGUUAUCGGCCACCUAAAUUUCGUUUCUUUGAACAUAUUGCAGAUUGGUAAUGAUUUGUCCCAGUUCAUUGGGCCUAUGAUAUUGAAUCAGCUUUUAAAGGUAAGGCGGACGUUAUUAUUUUUCCUCCAACAAUAAUUUUGAGCUACUCAAAAUGACUUUUCAGGCCUUAAAUGAAUAAUAUAAUAUUCAGGAAUAGUAUCUUCAUCUUUGGUGCUAGUAUUGGUAACUUUCUUUUACAUGGGAAUCAGUAUGCAACCGAACUUAAAGAAAACCUGAGGUCGAGGGUUUAUUUGGUAUGUUUAUGUUGUGCAAUUGCUUUUACCAUGACGCUAAAGGUUUUGAUUUUUGCUUGGGCAAUAGAACUUUUUUUUACAAAAAGCAAGGGAUGAACCUAGUGUUCGAAAAUCUUAAAGCUAGAUGCCGGUAUCCCUUGCCUAUCAAGGUUGACCACAAGUUACUACUUCAAAUUCUGCAUAUUUGAGAAGCUUUUUUGGAUGUUUUGUGCAGCCCUGAUUCGUUAUCGCAUUUGUGCUAUCUGAUGGCUCUCUGGAAUAGUCCUACUUAUUCACGAAUCAUGUAAUAUUUAUGUGGAUUGUGGAUUUUAUUUAUUAUUAUUGUUUAAAUGCUAAUUGUUUUUGGACAAACCCAUUUUACCAAGUGUAAUCAUCUAGGAUAUCCUUAUUCUAUCAAUAUUUGUAGUCUCAUCAUUUUGCUGAAGUAAUUUGUUUGAGAUGUAUGAUGGUUUUCUAUCAUUAACUUUGGUUUCGUAUCUUUCUCACUUACAUCGUGUAAUUUUGCAGUCUAUGCAACAAGGUGACCCGGCUUGGAUUGGUUACAUAUAUGCAUUCUCAAUUUUUGUUGGAGUGGUAUUUGGAGUAUUAUGUGAAGCCCAAUACUUCCAAAAUGUAAUGCGCGUUGGUUUUCGUCUCAGAUCAACUCUUGUUGCUGCAGUUUUCCGGAAGUCUCUUAGACUAACUCAUGAGAGUCGGAGAAAGUUUGCAACUGGGAAAAUAACUAAUCUGAUGACUACGGAUGCUGAAGCACUUCAGGCAUGACAACGUAUUAUUAUUCUAAUGAUGUGGUUUCUGUUUUCUAUCCAACGGGAAUGGAAUCAGCUAGUCCUACAUUUGCUAUAUCUUAGUGACCACUUGGCAAAGGAAAUUGUGUUUGGUCUGCUUCACUGUUUGACAAUCAAGUUUGGAAUGAUUCUUCUCUCAUAAAUUCACAAAUGUUUUUGGUUACUAUAAUGUUGUAAUGCAAUUUGAUUUUUUCUAUAAGCUGCCUUUAAUGAAGGAACAAACUUAAUCUCUUUUCUUCCUGAAGGAUAUGAAUUGAGUGUCUUGUGAUCAGUUAAAAUUUUUACAAUUAUAUGCUUAGUUUUGUGUAUGAAAUAUAGUAGCCCAGCAGUUCAUUUUUGAGCAUGAAUCAUUUGUUACUUCAAAAAGUGCAUGUAUUUUUGUCUUUCUGAGGUCCUUGAAUGAGAAACAUGGAUAUUAUCCCGGCUGGAAUAGCUCUUGAUUAAGAGUCAAAGAUUAAUUUUUAAUUUUUGUUGCAUGGGAAAUUUCGGGCGUUUCUUGGCAGUUUUCUGAUGAAGUUGGGUACUGAUGUGCUAAGUGCUAAAUGAUAUUCGUACUCUUUCAACAAUUUUUAGUGUGCUCAGAUAUCGUGUGCAACUAUCUCUUCAUUAGUUUCUGGUUGAUAUUAAUAAGUAAAACCGUCGUUGUUUUUCUCAGCAAAUAUGCCAAUCACUUCACACUUUGUGGUCUGCUCCUUUCCGUAUUGUCAUUGCCCUGGUCCUUCUGUACCAGCAACUGGGUGUUGCUUCUCUUCUGGGGGCUCUUUUGCUUGUUCUGAUGUUUCCUAUUCAGACAUUUGUGAUAAGCAAGAUGCAGAAAUUACAAAAAGAAGGCUUGCAGCGCACAGACAAGAGAAUUGGACUCAUGAAUGAGGUUUUGGCUGCUAUGGAUACCGUCAAAUGCUAUGCUUGGGAGGAGAGUUUCCAAUCAAAGGUUCAAAAUGUUCGAAAUGAUGAGCUGUCUUGGUUUCGAAGUGCACAAUUGCUGGGAGCGAUGAACAGUUUUAUACUGAAUAGUAUUCCUGUGGUGGUGAUAGUGACAUCAUUUGGAAUGUUCACUUUGCUAGGAGGGGAUCUGACACCUGCAAGGGCAUUUACAUCUCUUUCUUUGUUUGCUGUGCUGCGGUUUCCGCUCUUCAUGCUUCCAAAUAUAAUUACACAGGUUGUGAAUGCAAAUGUGUCAUUGAAGCGUUUGGAGGAACUUCUGCUUGCAGAAGAAAGAAUUCUUGUACCUAACCCACCUCUUGAACCAGGGGCUCCAGCUGUCUCGAUAAAGAAUGGAUACUUCUCCUGGGAAUCAAAGUCAGAGAGACCUACUUUGUCGAACAUCAACUUGGAAGUACCAAUUGGUAAAUUGGUAGCAGUUGUUGGCGGCACCGGGGAGGGAAAAACGUCACUUGUGUCAGCAAUGCUUGGAGAGCUUCCUCCGGUUUCCGAUGCCACUUCUGUAGAUAUUAGAGGGACAGUUGCAUAUGUUCCCCAAGUUUCAUGGAUAUUCAAUGCAACAGUACGGGACAACAUACUGUUUGGAUCUGCCUUUGAACCUAACAAAUAUGAAAGAGCAAUAGACGUGACUUCACUGCGGCAUGACCUAGACUUGCUCCCUGGUGGUGAUCUCACUGAAAUUGGUGAAAGAGGGGUUAACAUUAGUGGGGGACAAAAGCAAAGAGUUUCUCUGGCUCGGGCUGUGUAUUCAGAUUCUGAUGUCUUUGUAUUUGAUGACCCCUUAAGUGCUCUAGAUGCUCAUGUUGGUCGACAGGUCUUUGAAAGAUGCAUCAAGGGGGAACUCAGAGGAAAAACAAGGGUUCUUGUGACAAAUCAGCUUCAUUUCCUUUCAGAAGUGGAUAAAAUUAUUCUGGUGCACGAUGGCAUGGUAAAAGAAGAAGGAACUUUUGAGGAACUUACAAAUAAUGGCCCACUAUUCCAAAAGCUAAUGGAAAAUGCAGGGAAAAUGGAAGAAUAUGUUGAAGAAAAGGAUGAAAAUACUGAUGAUAAAAGUUCAAAGGUUUCUGCCAAUGGUGAGACUAAUGGCUUGGGCAAGGAUCCCAACACCGCAAAUAAACAAAAGGAAGGAAAAUCUGUUCUUAUUAAGCAGGAAGAAAGAGAAACGGGUGUUGUUAGUUCAAAAGUGUUGAAAAGAUACAAGGAUGCUUUGGGUGGCACAUGGGUGGUUAUGAUAUUGUUUUCGUGCUAUGUAUUAACUGAAGUCCUUCGUAUUUCAAGUAGCACAUGGCUAAGUUAUUGGACUGACCAGAGUUCUUCUCAAGCAGCAUAUGGGCCGUUGUUCUAUAAUUUGGUCUAUUCUCUCCUAUCACUUGGCCAAGUAUGUGUGACUCUGGCAAAUUCAUUUUGGUUGAUCACAUCAAGUCUUUAUGCUGCUAGAAGGUUGCAUGAGGCUAUGCUAAACUCUAUUCUGAGAGCUCCGAUGCUCUUCUUCCACACAAAUCCACUUGGAAGGAUAAUUAACAGAUUUGCUAAGGAUCUUGGUGACAUAGAUCGGAAUGUUGCCCCAUUUGUUAAUAUGUUUCUUGGGCAAGUUGCGCAGCUGAUUUCAACUUUUAUACUUAUUGGGAUUGUGAGCACCAUGUCCUUGUGGGCCAUCAUGCCUCUUCUGGUGCUGUUCUACAUAGCCUAUCUAUAUUACCAGAGCACGGCCCGUGAAGUGAAGCGCCUAGAUUCUGUGAGCAGAUCUCCUGUUUAUGCACAAUUCGGGGAAGCACUUAAUGGUUUGUCAACAAUCCGUGCAUACAAAGCUUAUGAUAGAAUGGCAAAUAUUAAUGGUAAAUCAAUGGACAACAAUAUUCGAUUUACUCUUGUAAACAUGAGCGGGAACCGCUGGCUCGGGAUUCGUCUCGAAUUUUUGGGUGGGCUUAUGAUAUGGCUUACAGCAACUUUCGCCGUAAUGCAAAAUGGUAGAGCUGAAAACCAGGAGGCGUUUGCUUCUACUAUGGGUUUACUUCUUAGUUAUGCAUUAAAUAUUACAAGUCUGUUAACUGCGGUUCUCAGAUUGGCCAGUCUGGCUGAAAAUAGUCUGAAUGCUGUUGAAAGAGUUGGCACGUACAUCGAGCUUCCGUCUGAAGCGCCGCCCAUUAUUGAAGGCAACCGCCCUCCCCCUGGAUGGCCUUCUGAAGGUUCUAUUAAGUUUGAGGAGGUUGUCUUACGGUAUAGGCCUGAACUUCCUCCUGUCCUCCAUGGCAUAUCAUUCAAAAUUCCUCCUAGUGAUAAAGUGGGAAUAGUUGGCAGAACUGGAGCAGGAAAGUCCAGUAUGAUUAAUGCCCUCUUUCGCCUGGUGGAACUGGAGAAAGGAAGAAUCUUAGUUGAUGAUUGUGAUGUUGGAAAGUUUGGGCUGAAAGAUCUUCGUAAGGUUCUUGGUAUAAUACCACAAUCUCCGGUGUUGUUUUCAGGAACUGUGAGGUUUAAUCUUGAUCCUUUCAAUGAACACAAUGAUGCUGACCUGUGGGAGGCUUUGGAGAGGGCCCAUCUAAAAGAUGUUGUACGGAGGAACUCUCUGGGGCUGGAGGCAGAGGUCUCAGAGGCAGGAGAGAACUUCAGCGUUGGGCAGAGGCAGUUGCUGAGUCUUGCUCGAGCACUACUUCGCAGGUCAAAGAUUCUUGUACUUGAUGAAGCAACCGCCGCUGUUGAUGUUAGAACUGAUGCUCUUAUUCAGAAGACCAUAAGGGAAGAAUUCAAAUCAUGCACAAUGCUUAUCAUUGCUCACCGUUUGAAUACCAUAAUUGACUGUGACCGAAUUAUUCUUCUUGAUUCUGGACGGGUCCUGGAAUGUGAUACACCUGAAAAGCUGUUGCAAAAUGAAGAGAGUGCAUUUUCAAAGAUGGUGCAGAGUACCGGGGCUGCUAAUGCUCAGUACCUGCGCAGCUUAGUUUUUGGAGAAGGGGAUAACAAGUCGCAGAGGGAAACUCAGAUAGAUGGACAAAGAAGAUGGCUUGCCUCUUCAAGAUGGGCCGCUGCUGCCCAGUUUGCAUUAGCAGUGACCCUCACAUCUUCACACAAUGACCUUGUUCAAUUGGAAAUAAUUGAUGAGGAAAAUAUUCUUAAGAGAACAAAGGAUGCUGUAUUAACUUUGCAGGGAAUUUUGGAAGGGAAGCAUGAUAAAGAAAUCGAAGAAAGCCUUGACCAGUACCAGGUUUCCAGAGAUCGAUGGUGGUCGGCUCUAUACAAAAUGAUUGAAGGUCUUGCUGUGAUCAGUAGGUUGGGGCGAAACAGGCUUCACCAGUCAGAAUAUGAAUUCGAAGACAAAACCAUUGAUUGGGACAAUGUUGAAAUGUAG